CUCUUGCGUUUCAGGUCGGACGCACCUGCAACUUCGUGAAGACAUGGGAACUGUGCAUGCAAAGGAGCCGGAGAAGGCUAGCAGCAUGCAGGACCAGCAACCUGACACUGAAAGGGAGAUUUCCUUUGAAAAGAUACCGGUAAAAGUGUGUCGCAUUGUGGUUGAUGGUCUUGGCAGAACCAAAAAUGACAUAAUUGUCAACGAAGUGCAGCCAAUAUUUGAGGCAAGCAACUUUCAAGACAUGAUCAGAAUAAGCCAUGAUGUCAAGAACAGAUUUGAAAGACUCGGUCUCUUCAAGAACAUUUCAAUUUCUAUUGACACAUGUAAAGAUGUAAAGAAAGUAGGUUAUGAAGUAACCUUUGGUGUGCAUGAACUGCGCCCGGUGUCUGGGGGGAUCAACACGCUCAUUGGCUACAAUGAUGCAAGUCUGUUGUUUGGGCUGCGACUUCCUAACCUCUUUGGUCGAGGUGAGCGUGUCCAGGCCGAUUAUACACACGGAACUAAACAGUCUCGGGGAUACCAUCUCAACUUCAGCAAGCCCCUCAAUGGCAACCCAGACAUGGUGUUCGGUGGCAGCAUUUACCAGAAUCAUGGAGAAUACCCAUGGAGUGGCUACAAGGAGACAGACAGGGGCAUGGCAUUCGACGUCACUUUCCCAACCAUAUUUGGCUCUCACUCGAUCAAGUGGGAGGGUGUGUGGAGGGACCUGAGGGCGUUAUCAAGAACCACUUCAUUUGCCGUCCGGGAACAGUCUGGACAUUCCAUUAAGUCCAGUGUCCAGCACCUGUUUGUUCGGGACAAGAGAGAUGACCCAAUUCUGCCAUCCAAGGGCUCGCUGUUGAAGCUAUCACAGGAAUAUGCAGGUCUGGGAGGGAACGUACAGUUUGCUAAACAAGAUGUGGAGUACCAAUUCAACCAGAGUUUAGCCUGGGACACAGUAUUACAAGUUUCUCUAGCUGGAGGCCUUUUGAAGUCCCUUGACCCUAAACAUGAGGUCAAGGUGAAUGACCGUUUCUUCCUUGGUGGUCCCCUGACCCUGAGAGGCUUCAGUUUGAAGGGGGUGGGGCCACACAGUGAUGGCAACGCUCUUGGAGCAGACGCCUACUGGCUGGCUGCCCUGCACCUGUACACCCCACUCCCCUUCCGGCCGGGGAAAGGCGGCUUUGGGGAACUUUUCCGCACCCACUUCUUUAUCAAUGCUGGAAACAUAGGAAAUAUAAGCUUAAACUCUGAUAUUCGUGAAAACUUCUGUCACAUGGCGGAGACAUUUCGAUGGGCAUACGGCGGGGGCAUCGUGCUGCGGAUGGGACGUGUAGCCAGGAUGGAACUCAACUAUGUUAUACCUAUGCAAGCACAGAGAGGAGACAGUAUUAAUGCCGGUUUACAAUUUGGUAUUGGGCUCAGCUUUUUAUGAUCACCACCAGCCAUAGAGCUCUCACAUUGUUCACUGACGGAUCAACUUGCCUUGUGUGUGAUGACUGAGCAUGACAGGAAGUGCCUACCAUUCGCUGGGAUAUUUCAAAGAUAAUCAACUGGAACCUCAGACAUUUUGUAACUGAUGGAGAAUGUGUUUGUAGUCAAUUAGGAUGUGCAUCUGUACUGUUGUAAAUAAUAGAUCACCUCUUCAUCAUCAUCAGUGCGUACAUCACCAAAGCCCUGUAGGGUUUGUGUUAUCAUUGCCAUAUUUUGAACCCAACUCUGCAAAUUUGAUAAUGUUGAUAUAUACUACUCAAAUGAAAAUAAGGACAAUAACACUAUAGAAUUGAAAGAAUUGAAGAUAUUCCUUAACUUGUUUUAGUAGUAUAUUACUAUGUUCUUUUUCAAAAGACACAUCAGUUAUAUCAAAUAGCUAUUGGGCUAUACAUAAUAAUAUAUAUUACCAAUUAAUAAACAAUUAAUAACGCUUGUUUUAGCUGUGAGGUUGGCAAUAAGAUAUAAUGCAAAAGAUAUAUUCUUAGCAUUACUUAUCAGUGUGUCAUGCUAACAGUGAUCUUAUAUUUUGUGUGUAAAUUACCUUUUUACCCCAAUUAUCCCAGAUCUACCUUAUUGCCUAAAUUUGGAGUUAGGGUUUCUUAAUGGAGUCUUAAUAAUCUGUGAUUGAGUGCCUGAAAAUCAAACUUUAGAUCAUAAAACCACAGUUUGCUUCUAUGUGAACAUUAUUCAAUGGUGGUAUGUUUGACCAAAGUUUACGAGUGUUGCUUUAUUUUUGAGUACUGUAUCUCUAGUCCAGGUGUCCAUACAGAACUAUACCAAGAAUAGUUUUAUGUACAAGAAGAGCAUAUCGUAUGAUAGGAAAAUGAAAAUACAAUUUCCUGGCUUGUGUUUCCUAUCUUUCAUCUACCCGUGAAGGUCCGGGUUAGAAUUGGUUGUCAGUAACCCAUGCUUGUCGUAAGAGGCGACUAACAUGAUUGGGUGGUCAGGCUUGCUGACUUCGUUGACACAUGUGAUCGUUUCCCAAUGUGUGUAGAUUGAUGCUCAUGCUGUAGAUCACUGGAUUGUCUGGUCCAGACUUGAUUAUUUACAGACCACCACCAUAUAGAUUUAAUAUUGCUGAGUGCUACAUUAACAACAAACCAACCAACCAACCAACUCAUCUAUUAUUGGUUCAAUCAACUCCUGGUUAGUUUAUACAUUUGGAUAAGUGCAGCUCUUAUUUUUUCUGGCAAACUACAAUGAAUGUGCGACUAGCUAUGUGAUUUGUGCUGGGAGGUCAGCAAUUCCAACUCCAUAUGCCUGUUUGGAAUAUCCCAACAUUGAUCUCAUGUAGAUCACACAGAAUGUUCACCUGUUCCAAGCAGCAGAAGCUGCCAUUGAAAGGGAAAUGAGAUAACCACAGAACAGUCACAAACUGUCUUCGAUAUUUAGGUUUCAGUAAAUCUGUUAUUUGUUGAGUAUCUAGCUCAGUAGCUACUAAAACCUUUUUGUCAGAAUAUUGGUACAAGAUAUGACCUCAUAUACAACUGUUUCUGUUUCAUGUUUAAAUAGGGUGGUGGGGUAGCCUAGUGGCUAAGGCUUCUCGUCAUGCCGAGGACCAGGGUCCGAUUCCCGACAUGGGUACAAAGUGUGACGUCCAUUUCUGGUGUCCCCUCGGUGAUAUUGUUGGAACAAUGCUAAAUCGGCAUAAAACCAUACUCACUCACUCACUGACACUUUAAACAGGUGGUAAGGAGAGAUAAUCCUGUUAGCCAGGUGUUAUAUGUUUUGGUUCAGAGUCUUUUUACCUUUGAGGAUUGAGUGAUGCAGCUGCAAUGAUAGUUGAUGUGGUUCCUUACUUCCUUUCACAAUAUGUAUUGUAUCUCAAUUUUCUUAUGUUGUCAAAACCAGGUAUUUUACAACAGACAUUGUAUUUUCAAUUGAUUUAUAAAAUUCAGCAAAUAAGGGGUAUUAAAGAUUAAUUCAUUAACAUA